AUGGCCGGCAUUGAGCAGCUCGAAAUCCACAGCAAGUCUUACAUUGUGCGAUGGGUGAAGGUCGACGAAGGUCACACCAUCUCCUGGAGUGUACAGCCGCACAAGAAGUCCAUAAACUUUGGCAUUGUCAAGCAUCCCGGUACUGGCGGCACCAACCUCACCACCUUCCAGUCCGACCUCGACGACAGCCUGCCCGAUGGCACCUCCGAUGCGAAGCAGGGCCUUUUUAACAGAAAGGACGCCGGCACCGCGCCCGAGCAGCUGCGCAAAAAGGGCUUCAAGCUCAUCAACUGGCACGGCAAGUGCGACGCCGACAAGGUCUCCAUGGGCACCUACGACGUCGAGGCCGGCAACGGGGGCAUGUUUGGCCUCGUCUUUGACAACACCUUCUCGCGCCAGACCUCCAAGAACGCGACGUUUGUCCUCCUGACCUACCCCGUCGGCGCCCCGCCUCAGGGUGCCCGCAAUCUUCCCAACCUCCAGGCCGGGCCCGCUGCCAGCAUCAGCCGGUCGAGUCUCGGCAAGAACAACAGUCCGCGCCUCGGCGCCAUUCCGACCCCGUCCAUGGACAGCAUCGGCAGCCAUCACGCGAUCAACGGUUCGGCCGCUGCAGCCGGGAGUGCAGCAGGUGCUACGUCGGCGGUAUCGACGCCUGGCUCAGGCGGCGAAGCUGCGAAUGGCAGCCGCGGAAGCGGUGGUGGUGGCGGCGGCGGCGGCGGCGGCGGCGGCAGUAAGAGUGGGAGUGGCACUAACAGUGCGCGUCCAGGCCUGUCGACCGCCUCGUCUGGCUCCUCCGCCAACUACCACGUCGGCACCCUGUUGAAGCGCCGCCGGAAAAAGGGCCAAGGCUAUGCGCGCCGCUUCUUCUCACUCGACUACGCCACCUGCACGUUCUCCUACUACCACAACCGCAACUCCUCGGCCCUGCGUGGUGCUAUUCCUCUGAGCCUGGCGGCCAUUGCUGCCGACGAGCGCCGACGCGAGAUUACAAUCGACUCGGGCGCCGAGGUAUGGCAUCUCAAGGCUUCCAACGACAAGGAGUUUACCGAGUGGGCACGCGCACUGGAGCGCUCGAGUCGCAUCGCCCGCGGCCUCGAGAAGGUCCAGGGCCUUCCUGGUGCCUCCGUGUCGUCGCACAACCUCCGCUCCGAACCGCCAGCCGACGUUGCCCCCAAGGUCAUGUACCAGGAGGAAACGCGCGAGUGGCAGCAGGUCGAGGCGCUUGUUAGCCGCGUUGUUGGUACGCGGGACGCUCUCCGGCGACUUGUCAAGGACAUGGCCGCCGCGGGCCACCAGCCACCAGUACACGCCGCGCAAAAGUCGCAUUUCCUGUCGCCCAGUACGCCGCCCGUCUCCGAAGAGCCCGACGACUAUCUGUCUUCUCAGCAAUCCACGCCCACCGGAGGGGCCGCCGAGCGUAGGCCGUUCUGGCGGCGACGGUCCUCAGCCUCGCCGCUCGCCCCGCAAAACUUCCGCUCCUCUGUCGCGUCCUCGCUGGCCGUGCCGGCACCGUCCGCCGCCUCGAACGCCCCAGCACACCACAACGCCAAGCACGGCGCCAAGCACGAGGGCCACAACAUGGAAGACCACUGCCAGGCGCUGUUGGGUGACCUGGACUCGGUCGUGUCCGAGUUCACGAAGCUGCUCUCCAACAGCAAGCACCGCCGCACCACAUCGGCUGUUGCGGCCAACAUUGCUGCGCCGCGCAACAGCCUUGACUCCACCUCGACCACGGACGAGUUCUUUGAUGCCGCCGAGGCCGCGACCUCUGCAGACCGCUCGCAGUUGCUGCGCAUCGACAACCACAGCGAGGCCGAGGACACACCCGGCUCUGAGAUGGACGAGGAGCACGCGUCUGCCCACGGCGACGGCGACGAGUCGUCGGUGUCCUCGGUGGAGGACGAGGAAGAGUACACCGGGCUGGGCGAGGGCAACGGCACCGGCAGCGACGGCAAGAACCUGUUCCCGCCCAAGCCCAAGUCGCUCGCACCACUGCCCCUGACCGAAGCGGUGCAACGCCGCAAAACGAUACCGCCGUCGACCGUGCUGCCGCCGAGUCUGAUCGCCUUUGUGCGCAAGAACGUCGGCAAAGACUUGUCGACCAUUUCGAUGCCGGCGUCUGCCAACGAACCGACGUCCCUGCUGCAGCGCAUUGCCGAGCAGGUCGAGUACGCGCAGCUGCUCAACGAGGCUGCCGCCAAGUCGCGGCCCGAAGAGCGCCUGCUGUACGUGGCUGCCUUUGCCGUGUCGCAGUUCUCGGGCGGCCGCGCAAAGGAGCGCGCCAUCCGCAAGCCGUUCAACCCGCUGCUCGGCGAGACAUUUGAGCUGCUGCGCACCGAACGCGAGAUGCCCGGCGGCGGCAUGCGCGUCCUGGUCGAAAAGGUCAGCCACCGGCCCGUGCGCCUCGCGAUGCAGGCGGACGCCCCCGCCUGGUCCUUUUCGCAGGCCGCCGCGCCCUCGCAAAAGUUCUGGGGCAAGAGCGCCGAGAUCAUUACAGAAGGCCGCGUCCGUGUCGUGCUGCGGCUGCCGUACGGCGGCGGCGAAGAACACUACUCGUGGGCGCUGGCCACGGUGUUCUUGCGCAACGUCGUCAUGGGCGAAAAGUACGUCGAGCCUGUGGGCACCAUGAACGUCGUCAACGAUACGACCGGCGCGCGCGCCGUCGUGGAGUUCCGCUCCAAGGGCAUGUUUGGCGGGCGCAGCGAAGACGUCCAGAUCGAGACGUACGACCCGGCGGGCGCGCACACGGGGCUGGCUCUCACAGGUACGUGGACGUCGGGCCUGCGGGUCGUGGACCCGCGCAACAAAGCGGGCGGGCUCGAGAUCUGGCGCGCGGGUGCCUUGGUGGACGAUGCUGCGCGCGUCUAUGGUCUGACGCAGUUUGCCGCGUCGCUCAACGAGGUCACGUCGCUGGAGAAGGGCAAGCUGGCGCCGACCGACUGCCGGCUGCGGCCGGACCAGCGGCUGGCCGAGGAGGGCAAGCUGGACGACGCCGAAGCGUGGAAGACGAAGCUGGAGGAGGCGCAGCGGACGCGGCGGCGGCAGCUGGAGGAACGCGGGGAGCAGCACAAGCCGCGGUGGUUCGUCAAGGUGGCCACGGGACCCGACGGCGACGAGGUGUGGCGGCUCAAGGGCGGCAAGGACGGUUACUGGGAGGAGCGGGCCAAGGGCACGUGGACGGGCGUGGAGGACAUCUUCUCGGGUGACGUGGGCGAGGAGCCGUGA